UGUCUAAUAGAAACAUGCUAUGUACUACGUGAAAAAUGGAUUACCAAAAGGACGCUUCCGUUUUUAUUUCUAAAUGCCUGGAUAGUUUAGGGUAUAGCUAUAAAAUGGUUAAAUUUAGACAAAGAAUAGAAGAAGACUGUGGCAGGCUAAUGAAUCAAAAUGAUACAUUUCCUCACGUACGGUACACAACUGGUGGAAAAAUAGAAGGAACAAAAACUUUCUAUCAGUUUGAUUUUGAUUUCCUGUAUGAACUGAAACAAAUCGUUUGUGCCGAAAAUCUUGAACAGUUUAAACAGUCAGGACCGUUAACAUUGUUCCAGUUAGAAAGAGGAGAUACAUCACCAGGAUAUGCCCUUGUAAAGCUCCUUUCAUUUUCUGACAACAAACAUUCUGAUCUAAUUAGAAAGUCUUUAUUUCGUUCUGAAAAUGGAUCGAUGUACCUUUCAAGUGAACUUUUUAUCAACGCAUUGGAACAUUCUCAAAAACGCCGACAACAAAGAGAUAGAUAUAAAACCUACGAGAGAGAUGGUCCGUCAUUACCCGAGUCUGAUGACUAUAUUAAGUGUGACAAAGUAACAUGUAUAAGAUGUUUCAACCCAGAUAUCCAGCGAUUUAUAUCGCGACACAGACGACAUGGGUUCGCUUCGAGAGAAACACUGCAACAGCUGGCUCAUGUAGCGUGCCACAUAGUUCCGGUAGGAUUCAGGGGAUCUAUUCACAGAUACAAAGAAUGGCGGAUGUCGUUUUCAAUUGCUGAACAGCUGCUAAUGCGAAACCUGAAUGAAACGCAGCUCAAAGUGUAUAUAUUACUAAAGGUAACAGCAAAAUCAAUUCUGAAACCCCUCUGUGAAGAAAUCACAUCUUAUAUCAUGAAGAAUGUUUUAUUGUGGAACUGCGAAAUGAACGGAUAUGAAAAGUAUACACAAAAUACUCUUUUGUAUAGACUUCUAGGCUGUAUAAGAUUUCUGAAGGAAUGUGUAUCAAGCAACUAUUUACCAAGUUACAUACACCCAGGAAAGAAUUUGUUUGCUGACAGAUUACAGCUCCAUGAACGUCAAAGAGUUGUAGACAUCCUAAGCGAAUGUUUGAAAGAAGGUGGAUGUUUUAUCCUUCGAUGCUACGACCUGAAGGUUCGUAUGGCAUCACUUCUCAGUUGCCCGGAAAGAGUGCAGUGGAUAACCGUAAGAAGAGAUGAGUUGGAGAAACUGGUGUUACUAGGUCAAUGGAUUAGACAAGCAGUUCUGGUACAUGGAAUGUCGAGGGAAGAAAAAUAUGCUUUCGCAAGACAGUUUGGUGCAUACAGGGCUAUUGAAAGUCGAAUUGAUACUUUAAUAUCCGUAGAUGAAAGAGAGCUUAUACAAAUGGGAAAAACAGUUGAAGAAAUUGACGAAAUUCGGAACAGGAGACUACAGGAACUUCUGUCCUGAGAUGGGAAGACAAAUGCGUGAUCAGCUGAUCAGAUUUAGGUUCACAUCUGUUUAACUAAGAAGAAAAAAUACAAAAGUGGAUUUGAAAAACACAGGGUCCAGCUACUGAAGUACAGAGAAAUAAAUUGGAAAUGACAGGCAUUUACAUUUAGUAAAUUUGGUGGUAUAAAUGUUUGUGAAGAAACGGCAAAUUACUAAGGUAAAUAGUAAGAAAUUAAAUCAAAAUGCUUGAAACAAAAUUUAACUGGUACUUUGUGAAGAUCAGUGGUAUUCAAAUUGCAGUUUGAUAUAAGAUCUGUUGGUAAGUGUUCGAUGCACCGUUCCAGAAUAUCGGAUGGCUAAACCUGGUUAUUUUUCUUUUGUAAAAUAAGAAAAUGGAAACUCCACAAGUCGCUCAACACGACAAAAUGAAACUGUUGCAGGCUCGGUUUCAAUGAGCUUGUUCAUGGACGGUAGUGGAAUAGCAUGCUACCCGUCCGCGCCCUGUAGUCACGGAUUGAGUAGAACACAUGUUACAAGAGGAGACAUCCGCAGCUUUGUUCCUACGGCGGUGCACAUGGAACCGUCAAUGAUAGAUAAAGUGUAAUUCCAUGAAAAGCUGUGUAUGGUCCCGAGUUAGAAUAAUUGUAUUGCCCUAAACGAGAAAACAGAGGGCAGAACAUAGCAAUCUGGAAUCUAGAAAAGGAAUGUGGUUUUCCACUGUUUCUAUUUUAUCUUCUCAACCCUAGGGAUGGAAACUUGUGCACUUUCAUUUUGAAAUAGGAAUUAUGUUGAAUGUACUAAACACAUUUUAGAUUUAUAGUAUGAUUUAAAAUAAACAGCUCAAAUAAAAAAAGAUAAUGAUGAUGAUGAAUAACGGUGAUAAAUGCUAAUGAGACUGAAGAUGAUGAUGAAUAAUGGUAAUGAAUGAUAAUAAUGUUGCUGCUGCUGAUGAUGAUGAUGACUGUUAAGCAUGAGUGCAUGAUGUAAUGAAAAAUGUUGAUGGAUGAUGAUGAACAGCGAUGAAUGAUAUUAAUGGUGUUUUGUCGCUGAUGAUCUAUUGAUCACCGUACUAAUACAGUUGUUUCGGAAAAGCGUUAGACCAUUAAAUAUAUUAAUUUGUUUUUGUUGGAUUUAACGUCGCACCGACACAAUUAUAGGUCAUAUGGUGACUAUUCAGCUUUGAUGGUGGAUGAAGACCCCAGGUGCCCCUCCGUGCAUUAUUUCAACACGAGCGGGCACCUGGGUAGAACCACCGACCUUCGUAAGCCAGCUGGAUGGCUUCCUCACAAGAAGAAUUCAGUGCCCCGAGUGAGGAUCGAACCCACAUCUGUGAGGGGCAAGUGAUUCGAAGUCAGCGACCUUAACUACUUGGCUAUGGAGGCCCCGAUUAAAUAUGUUAAAGAAAUAUAAACAUAAUAUUUUGCUUCGUCGGCCAUGCUCAAUGAUAUACUGUUUAUUGAUAGGUCAUAUGUUAAAAAAUUUCAAUACACAUAAUUAAACUACGAAAUAAAUCUUUAGAGUCUAUUGAUAAAUCUCUGGUUUUUGUUUGUUUUUGGUUUAACGCCGUUUUUCAACAGUAUUUCAGUUAUAUAACGGCCGGAAGUUAACCCAACCAGUGUCCCUGGAUUCUGUGCCAGUACAAACCUGUUGCCCGCAAGUAACUGCCAACUUCCCCACAUGAAUCAGAGAUGGAGGACGAAUGAUUUCAGACACAAUGUCUUUUAUUAAAUCGUCACAGAGAACAUACGCCUCGCCCGAUGAUCGAACUCACGACCCCGCGAUUCGUAGAUCUGCGCUCUUCCUAUUGAACUAAGCGGGCGGGCUUAAAUCUCUGGUGUCAUCCUAAACAUAGAAUCCGAUAUGGCCGCCUCGCAAAUUGACACCCAGCAUUACAAAAGUGGGUCAGGAAAGUUAAAGCAGACAUUGUUCUUGCAAAAUCAAUAAACGAAGUGGAUUUAAAGAAAAUACAGCACGAUUAUUUUUGCAGCUUUUGGUAUUCCAGAGUCAAAAUUAUAAAAAGAAACACUAAAUAGCGGUAUGUUAUUAUACCCACAAUUAGGCCAAUAAAUUAAACUGCGCAUAUACAUGACUUAUUCAACAAUGAGAUAUACAAUGGAUUCCAGAAAGGAUGCUUCCGUUUUCAUUUCUAAAUGCCUGGAUAGUUUAGGGUAUAGUUAUAAAAUGGUUAGAUUUAGACAAAGAAUAGAAGAAGAUUGUGACAGGAUGAUGAAUCAAAAUAAUUCAUUUCGUCACGUACGAUGCACAACUGGUGGAAAAAUAGAAGGAAAAAAAACUUUCUAUCAGUUUGAUUUUGAUUUCUUGUAUGAACUGAAACAAAUCGUUUGUGCCGAAAAUCUUGAACAGUUUAAACAGUCAGGACCGUUAACAUUGUUCCAGUUAGAAAGAGGAGAUACAUCACCAGGAUAUGCCCUUGUAAAGCUCCUUUCAUUUUCUGAGAAUAAAAAUUCUGAUCUAAUUAGAAAGUCUUUAUUUCGUUCUGAAAAUGGAUCGAUGUACCUUUCAAGUGAACUUUUUAUCAACGCAUUGGAACAUUCUCAAAAACGCCGACAACAAAGAGAUAGAUAUAAAACCUACGAGAGAGAUGUCCCGUCAUUACCCGAAUCUGAUGACUAUUUUAAGAUCUUAACGAAACGCCGUUGAAAGUGUAUAUAUUACUGAAGGUAACAGCGAAAUCAAUUCUGAAACCCCUCUGUGAAGAAAUCGCAUCGUAUAUUAUGAAGAAUGUUUUAUUGUGGAACUGCGAAAUGAAUGGAUAUGGAAAGUAUACACAAAACACUCUUUUGUACAGACUUAUAGGCUGUAUAAGAUUUCUGAAGGAAUGUGUAUCAAACAAUUAUUUACCAAGUUACAUACACCCAGGAAAGAACUUGUUUGCUGACAGAUUACAGCUCCAUGAACGUCAAAGAGCUGUUGACAUCCUAAGAGAAUUUAUAAAAGAAGGUGGAUGCUUUCUCCUUCGAUGCUGCAACCUCAAGUGUCGUAUGACAUUACUGCUCAGUUGCCCGGAAAGAGUGCAGUGGAUAACUGAAAGAAGAGAUGAGUUGGAGAAACUGGUGUUACUGGGCCAAUGGCUUAGA